AUGUUCGAGUACACGCUCGAAGCCUUGCACAUCUGCGUAUGGGAUGCCUACGACUGGGUCUUUGGCAAGAGUGAGCGGGAGGAGUGGCUGGAGAAGCGCGUAGAGGGGCUCGAGUCGGCUGUGGCGACUCUCCAGGAGCUUAUGCAAGACGUAGCUGAGAACCUCACUCGAGCCGCGGACCGGUCAGAGCUUCAGGCCGCAGAGACGCGUGUCAUGAAUGCCAUCCAGGCAGCCAUCGCAAUGCGGCAAGCUCCUGCCGUGUCGUCAGGAAAAUCACGCUCAGCAGAAUGCACUACUGCAAAGUCCUUCGGAAAGGGUGUUGCCGUGUUUGGUUCCUCCCGUGCCUGCAAGGUCUACUCGCCAUACGUGCAACCCACGACGCCUGACCCAUGGGGCCGUUUCUGA